AAUAACUUUGAAUAUUGAAUUGAAAUUCAACUAGGCAACAAAAUCCAAAUAGAAUUUAAUUAGGCAUGAGUUUGGGUGGAGAGAAGUGUUGUUUUAGUCUUUGAAGGAUGGCGGAAGGGCGAGGGAGUAGGAAUUUGAAGAUUAGGUUUAGAGAAGGUGGGAAGCACUGGACGGAUGCAGUUCCCAUUGGGAACGGACGCUUGGGAGCCAUGGUCUGCGGCCACGUCCAUUCCGAAACCAUACACCUCAAUGAGGACACGCUCUGGACUGGGACACCCGCAGACUACACUAAUUCCAAGGCUCCACCAGCACUUUCUCACGUUAGAAACCUCGUUCACCGACAACACUAUCCCCAAGCCACUGCUGCUUCUUCUGCCUUAACAGGAAAUCCAUCCGAGGCCUACCUACUUCUCGGCGAUAUCCAAUUGGACUUUGAUUACUCACAUCUCACACCCGGCCUCCAACAACCUUACGAGAGAGAGCUUGACUUGGACACUGCUACUGUCAAAGUCAGAUAUUCUGUCGGAGAUGUUCAAUUCACUAGGGAACACUUUGCUUCCUAUCCCGAUCAACUCAUUGUUACUCAAAUCUCUUCCAGUAAACCGGCCAAACUUUCAUUUACAGUUUCUCUCCUCAGCAAAAUCAUUAACCAAACUUACGUAAAUGCCCCUAAUCAGAUUAUAAUGAAGGGAUCAUGUCCUGGCAAAAGGAUCCAACACAAUCCCCAUGGAAUUCAAUUCUCCGCAAUUCUUGAUUUGAAGAUCGGUGGCACAGAUGGAGUCAUCCAUAUUUUGGACAAUAACAAGUUGAAGGUUGAGGCUUCAGAUUGGGCUGUUUUACUUCUUGUUGCUUCCUCCUCCUUCAGUGGCCCAUUUACCGCUCCUUCAGAUUCUAAAAAGGAUCCUACUUCUCAAUGUUUCACUACAUUGAGCUCAAUAAGCAAUGUAUCAUAUUCUCAUCUUUAUGCACGCCACUUAAAUGACUAUCAGGGUCUUUUUCACCGAGUAUCUCUGCAGCUUAUGAGAAGCACCCGGCCAAAUAUAUCAGAGGACAGGUCUUUGGAAUUGAAGAGGCUUACCUCAUCUGUAGCUCAUUCGUCUCUUGUAGACAGUACUGUAACACAAGCUUCAACUUCAGACAGGGUGAAAUCAUUUCAGACUGAUGAAGAUCCUUCCUUGGUGGAGCUUCUAUUUCAGUAUGGUCGUUAUUUGCUUAUUUCUUCUUCACGUCCUGGAACUCAGGUGGCAAACCUACAGGGAAUUUGGAACAAAGAUCUUGAGCCAGUUUGGGAUGGAGCUCCCCACUUGAACAUCAAUCUUGAAAUGAACUAUUGGCCUGCUCUUCCUUGCAAUCUUAGCGAGUGUCAAGAACCCUUGUUUGAUUACAUUUCUCUUCUGUCUGUGAACGGCAGUAAAACUGCACAUGUGAAUUACCAAGCAAAUGGUUGGGUGGCACAUAGUAAAUCAGAUAUAUGGGCGAGAACAUCAGCAGGUCAAGGUGAUGUUGUGUGGGCCUUGUGGCCAAUGGGUGGAGCAUGGCUUUGUACUCAUCUAUGGGAGCACUAUGCUUACACAAUGGAUGAGGAUUUCCUCAAAUAUAAAGCAUAUCCCUUAAUGGAAGGAUGCGUGUCAUUUCUGUUGAGCUGGCUGAUCGAAGACAGUGAAGGAUAUCUUGAAACUAAUCCAUCAACUUCCCCUGAACAUUAUUUUAUCGCUCCCAAUGGCGAGCCUGCUUGUGUAAGCCAGUCAUCCACAAUGGAUGUAGCAAUCAUAAACGAAGUCUUCUCCACAUUUCUUUCUGCUGCUGAGGUUAUAGGGAGAACAAAGGAUAACAUUGUUGGAGAAGUUCGUAAAGCUCAACCACGGUUACGUCCAAUCAACAUAGCCCAGGAUGGUUCCAUUAUGGAAUGGGUGAAAGAUUUCAAGGAUCCAGAGGUGCAUCACCGGCACCUUUCACAUCUAUUUGGUCUAUUUCCAGGGCAUACGAUUACUUUUAAGGAAACUCCAGCCCUGAUCGAAGCUGCCGAAAAAAGCCUUUAUAAACGAGGAGAGGAAGGUCCUGGAUGGUCAACCACAUGGAAAACUGCUUGUUGGGCACGGCUACAAAACAGUUCUAAUGCAUAUAAGAUGAUCAAGCACUUGAUCAACUUGGUGGAUCCAGAUCAUGAGAGACCAUUUCAAGGUGGACUUUACAGCAACCUUUUUGCUGCACACCCACCAUUUCAGAUCGAUGCCAACUUCGGGUUUGCAGCGGCAGUUGCAGAAAUGCUUGUUCAGAGUACAUUGAGCGAUCUUUUCUUACUUCCUGCCCUUCCUUGGGAGAAAUGGCCAAAUGGCUCCCUGAAAGGCUUAAAGGCUCGUGGAGGAACAACAGUUAACAUAUACUGGAGAGAAGGGGAUCUUCAGGAGGUUGGUAUAUGGUCCGAAGACCAAACGAGAACAACUCUAAGAAAAAGAAUACACUAUAGAGGAACCAUGGUCACUGCAGACUUAGUGUCUGGCCUUUUUUACAAGUUCAACGGACAGUUGAAGUGCUUGAACACAUGCUCUCUUUCAGAAAUGCCUUGUUCUUCCUAUUUAGUUUAAUGUGUAAUUUUGGUUUUUUAUUUUAAAAUAUACACAUUUAGUCCUUUAACUUUAAAAAAUUCAUAAUUUUAGUCCAA